GCUUAUCGAAGGGUUGGCUAUAUAAAGUGGGAGCCUCUGCUCAGUGCUCCUCAUUCAAAAGUAGUUCAGAUAUCUUCAAGCCAUAAAACACACAACUGUGGAAGUUUCGUGUUUACUCAAAAAUGGCCAUUUUUUGGCCUCGCCUGGUUUAUGCAGUAGCAGUAUUCAUACUGGCCACCAAUGUAGCAGCCGAUGAUGAUUACAGGCCUUACAUUUACAAGUCCCCUCCCCCGCCAUACUACCCCUACAAAUCACCAUUACCGCCAUACUAUAAGAAGUCUCCACCAUAUUACAACUAUAAGUCACCGCCACCACCAUCACCAUUUCCUCAUCCUCCCUAUAUUUAUAAAUCUCCACCACCACCAUCUCCAUCACCGCCUCCACCUUACAUUUACAAAUCCCCUCCUCCACCAUCUCCAUCACCUCCUCCUCCUUAUAUUUAUAAAUCACCACCUCCUCCUUCUCCAUCUCCACCCCCUCCUUACGUUUACAAGUCACCGCCUCCUCCAUCUCCAUCACCUCCUCCUCCAUACAUCUAUAAAUCACCGCCACCACCCUCACCAUCUCCUCCACCUCCUUAUAUUUACAAGUCACCACCUCCACCAUCUCCCUCACCUCCUCCUCCAUAUGUCUACAAGUCACCUCCACCUCCAUCACCAUCACCCCCACCUCCUUAUAUUUAUAAGUCACCCCCUCCUCCAUCUCCAUCACCCCCUCCUCCUUACAUCUAUAAAUCACCGCCACCACCCUCACCAUCUCCUCCACCUCCUUAUAUUUAUAAGUCACCGCCUCCACCAUCUCCCUCACCUCCCCCUCCAUACGUCUACAAGUCACCACCACCUCCAUCACCAUCACCUCCUCCUCCUUAUAUUUAUAAGUCACCUCCUCCUCCAUCUCCAUCACCCCCUCCUCCCUACAUCUACAAGUCACCGCCUCCUCCAUCUCCAUCACCUCCCCCUCCAUAUAUCUAUAAAUCACCACCACCACCCUCACCAUCCCCUCCACCUCCUUAUAUUUACAAGUCACCUCCACCAUCUCCCUCACCUCCUCCUCCAUAUAUCUAUAAGUCACCACCACCACCCUCACCAUCCCCUCCACCUCCUUAUAUUUACAAGUCACCCCCUCCACCAUCUCCCUCACCUCCUCCUCCAUACAUUUACAAAUCACCACCACCUCCAUCACCAUCACCUCCUCCUCCUUAUAUCUAUAAAUCACCGCCACCACCCUCACCAUCCCCUCCACCUCCUUAUAUUUACAAGUCCCCUCCUCCACCAUCUCCCUCAUCUCCUCCCCCAUACAUCUACAAAUCCCCACCACCUCCAUCACCAUCACCUCCUCCUCCUUAUAUUUACAAGUCACCGCCUCCUCCAUCUCCAUCGCCACCUCCUCCCUACAUCUACAAGUCACCCCCUCCUCCAUCUCCAUCACCUCCUCCUCCAUAUAUCUAUAAAUCACCGCCGCCACCCUCACCAUCCCCUCCACCUCCUUAUAUUUACAAGUCCCCUCCUCCACCAUCUCCCUCACCUCCUCCCCCAUACAUCUACAAAUCCCCACCACCUCCAUCACCAUCACCUCCUCCUCCUUAUAUUUACAAGUCACCGCCUCCUCCAUCUCCAUCACCACCUCCUCCCUACAUCUACAAGUCACCCCCUCCUCCAUCUCCAUCACCUCCUCCUCCAUAUAUCUAUAAAUCACCACCACCACCGUCACCAUCCCCUCCUCCUCCUUAUAUUUACAAGUCACCACCACCACCAUCUCCCUCACCUCCUCCUCCAUACGUUUACAAAUCACCACCACCUCCAUCACCGUCACCACCUCCUCCAUAUGUUUACAAAUCACCACCUCCUCCAUCUCCAUUACCCCCUCCUCCCUACAUCUACAAGUCCCCCCCUCCUCCAUCACCUUCACCUCCUCCUCCUUAUGUUUACAAGUCUCCACCACCACCAUCCCCAUCACCACCACCUUACUACUACUACAAUUCCCCACCACCUCCCGCUGUAUACUAAUUAUUACCGAUCACUAUUUGAUCUACAGAUUGCCUUAUUUGUUAUUAAAAAGAAUAAAUGCUGCCCUCAAGUACUCAGAUACUCUCAUCGGGGAUAUAUGGUUUUAUGAGCAUCGUUCAAAUGUCGAUCAAAGCAGUCCGUUCGAGACAUGUAAUAGGAUAAAAAAUAGACGGAAAGACAUGCAUGCCACUUUUCAGUGCCUUUUCAUGAAUAAUGAGAUCAUGUUGUAAUUUGCAACUCGCGAUCUACUUGAUAUGGAUAUUGUAUUUGUGAUUUCUUUAAUUAAUUGUUUCCUAUAUGUUGAUGAUCAUGAGACGUUAUAUAUGCUUAAAAUAUUACUCUCUUCUUUUAUUUC